CAAUUCGAAUUAGGCAUCAAUCACCACGAUGAGGUCGAUCACGGUUAUUCUUCUCGCGAGUUUCGCUAUUUUGGCUUCUGGGUCUUACAUGACCAAGAACGUUAAGUAUGCAGACAAGGACUUCUUGGAGAAGCAGAAAUUCAUCUUUGCCAUGGUACAACAUCCCUUCCAAGAUGAUAUCUACGAGAAAAAGUACAUGGAUGGAAAAUCGUUCAAAUUGGAGGACCACUUCGACCACUUUGAAGACGUUGAGAAAGUGAAGCUGUUCUGGGAUAUGUACUUGCACGAUCCGGUUCCUCCUGGCGAGAUUCUCACUUUGUUCACUACUCAUCACUACACCUACGUCAAGUACUUAUCCUACUUGUUUUUGUACGCUAAGGACUGGGACACCUUCUACAAGACAGUUCUAUGGGCAAGAUUCCACGUCAACAAGGCCGUCUUCAUCUACGCUCUCACGUUCGCCGUUACCCACCGUUCAGAUAUGCAAGGAUUUGUCCUUCCAGCUAUUUACGAAAUCUACCCGCAGCUGUUCUUCAACGCUGAAACUAUCCAGAAGGCACAGCAUUAUAAGAUGCAAGGAUUCCACGGAGUCAAGCUAGUUGAAAACGUAUACAACGUUGUUAUCCCUGUUAACUACACUGGUGUUCAUGGUCAUGUCAACAAGGAGAACAAACUUUCCUACUUCACGGAAGACAUUGGGUUGAACGCCUUCUAUGCUGAUUACAACAAGGACUACGCUUUCUGGACCAAGGGUAAAGUCGAUGGAGAUUUCAUCAAGGACCGCCGUGGUGAAUUCUGGUUGAACCUCCACCAACAAAUUCUUGCACGUUAUUACAUGGAACGACUUUCCAACAACUUGCCUGAAAUCGAAGAAUUCCACUGGGAUAUUGAGCAUUUCCCAGGGUACUACCCAGGACUUCGCUACUACGGUGGGGUACAUUUCCCAGAUCGUGAAAAUGACUACGGAUUCUAUCAUUCCGGAAAUUACCUCUACAUUGAUUUGGCCAUUAUGUACUCACACCGCAUCAUGGACGUCAUUGACAUGAAUUUCGCUAUUCUUCCUGAUGGCAAGCACUUCCCACUCGACAGUGUGAAGGUUGCUCUUGAAACCCUCGGCAACUUGAUUCAAGGAAAUGAAGACAGUGUUAACAGAAAACUUUACGGUAGCAUGGACUGGCUUCUCCGAACCAUCAUCAAUGAAGGAUUCCCAACCGGAGUUCACGGAAAUGAAGUUCCUGGAGUCUUAUAUCAUUACGAGACGAGCAUGCGUGAUCCCGCUUUCUACUUCAUGUACAAGUACAUGAUGAGAUUCUACUGGCAUUAUUUGAACAGUCUCAAACCGUAUACCAAGGAGGACCUCCUAUUUGACGGUGUGAAAAUUGAAAGUGUUGAAAUGGACAAAUUGAUCACUUACUUUGACAAAUUCGAUGCUGACAUCACCAACAUCGUCGACGUUGAACCCUACGAUGAGAAAGUAUCAACCGAUCUCUACAAAUUCGGCCGUGUUGCCAACUGGGAAGGCCAUGACUUCGUUAUUAAGGCCCGUCAGUUGCGACUCAACCAUUUACCCUUUACCUACAAAGUGAACGUUCACUCUGACAAGGCUCAUAAAGCUAUGGUGAAGGUAUUCAUCGGACCUAAGUUCGAUUUCUACGGUAAAAAGAUUGACUUUGCCGAUAAUCGCAAGAACUUCUUUGAAAUGGACGUCUUCCUCGUCGACUUGGUUGAAGGAAAGAACGUUAUUACCCGUAGCUCCAACGACUUCUCCUGGUACGUCAACGAUAGGACAACUUAUUAUGAACUCUACAAGAAGUUGUGGCAAGCCACUACCACUGACUACAAAUUCCCAUUGGACAUGUCUGAGGCUCACUGUGGCUUCCCUAACCGCUUGAUGUUGCCAAAGGGCAAGAAGGGAGGUAUGCCCUUCCAAUUCUUCUUCUUCAUCACCCCAUACCAUGAACCAGAGGUUAAGCAAUUCACUGGAUUCGACCCCACCAUCUCAUGCGGCAUUGGCUCCGGAGCUCGCUAUUUGUCCGACUUGCCUUUCAUCUACCCACUCGAGCGUAAGAUCGACGUAAAGAGCUUCUUCGUGGACAACAUGUACAUCUACGAUACCUACAUCUUCCACAAAUCCGAAGCUGACGUUAACGCCAUCCACUACUAGGAAGCAGUACAAAUAUGGGAAAAUAUAAUAUUUUUAUCUGACUAGCGACUAGAAAAGACAACAUCGAGAACGACAAACAUCAUACAAAUCGUUUCCAUCGAACAUCUUAACAAAUGGCUGUUGUAGCUUAGUUUUGUGUGUAAGUAUUAGUGUCGCAAAAUUAUAUGUUGUGUCAAGAUUGAGCAAAUAUUUAAAAAGGCAAAAAAUAAUAAAAAAAUAUCACAUGAGUCAA